ACCAGAUUUUACAUAUUCGUACGACGCGUGUUUGCGAUGCAGACGUAAUAAACAUUUCACUGUGGUAACAUUCCCAAAACUUUUUAGCGUUAACGUGUUAGUCAAGUCAAGCUAAACAGACAUGUGCUAAUACCGGAAAUGCACUCUGUUGGCUUUCAUCGUAAAAUACACGACAACACUCUCGAAGAUACGCGUUUUAUUCUGAAACUUCCAAAAGGUGGCUGAACGUCGUCAUUUCUGUUGUGUCACGCUUGACGCUGGUGAAACUACUAUAUGCACGUAUUUUGCUACGUUGUGUUUGUCUUACAUGUUGAGUGGUCUUGAGGUAUCUGAUAAUUUAGUACGAAGACUUUGACGGGCCUCUUUGUUACCGACACGAGUAAUGUUAACAUGUUAGACGUGUGUGCGGUUUUGUAGGAGACUUUCUGAAAGAGUUGUCGUUGGGCCUGUUCGGGUUAUUUACAUCACUGCCACUGGCUAACAAGUCCCUACACAGACAUGUCACUGGGGGAUUAUGAAAGACAUUUCGACUCGCUAAAUUCAGAUUUGGGCGGCGGGUCUGUGGUCAGUGAGCGAUCAGCGUCGAGCACGUAUGGCGAAGAGGAGAAGUUGCAUUACAUUCCUAUCCGGAUCCUCGGGAGGGGGGCGUUUGGUGAAGCAACUCUGUACAGAAGAACAGAGGACAACUCUUUGGUGGUAUGGAAGGAGGUGGAGCUGACCUCGCUCUCCGAAAAGGAGCGCAGAGAUGUCAUGAACGAAAUAAGUAUCCUUUCCAUCCUGGAGCACAACAACAUCAUAGCCUACUUCAAUCACUUCUUGGAUAAAAACACUCUGCUCAUUGAGUUGGAGUAUUGUAACGGAGGAAAUCUGUACGAUAAGAUCAACCACCAGAAUGGGAAACUUUUCAGUGAAGAGGUGGUCAUAUGGUACCUGUACCAAAUUGCCUCAGCAGUGUCCCACAUUCACAAGGCUGGGAUCUUACACAGAGAUAUCAAAACUUUGAAUAUUUUCCUGACCAAGACUGACCUCAUCAAGCUGGGCGACUAUGGCCUCGCAAAGAAGCUAGACUCUGAGUUUUCAAUGGCAGAGACUUGUGUGGGAACUCCAUAUUACAUGUCGCCUGAAUUGUGCCAGGGAACCAAGUACAACUUUAAAUCAGACAUCUGGGCCAUGGGUUGUGUCAUUUUUGAAGUCUUGGCUCUUACAAGAACAUUUGAUGCAACGAACCCUCUGAACCUCUGCGUGAAAAUAGUCCAGGGCAACUGGACCAUGGAAGUGAACUCUGAUGUUUAUUCAUCUGCAUUGAUCAAACUGGUGUAUGAGUGCCUCGAUCUAGAUCCUGCGAAGAGGCCGACAUCUGACGAGAUUCUGGACCAGCCAAUCAUAUCCUGCUGCAGACAGGAGCUUGAAGAGCGAGUUGCCCUGUUGAAUUCAGCAAUGAAAAAACCAAAGCUGAGUACAGUGACCGACACCCCUGUUGCUGUGGUGACCACACGCUCAAGGGAGGUGUACUUCUGGGGCGGAGGGAAGUUCACCCCCCAGAAAUUGGACGCGUUUAACGGAGGCAGCAGUGCCCAACAUGUGUGUGCAGGGGAGAGUCACUUUGCAGUGGUGACUGUGGAAAAGGAGCUGUAUACCUGGGCUAAUGUCCAAGGCGGAGCCAAGAUGGUGGGCCAGCUGGGACACGGAGACCAGGCCUCGUACCGGCAGCCCAAGAGGGUGGAGAAGCUACAGGGGACAGCCAUCCGACAGGUGGCAUGUGGGGCCGACUUCACUGCCUGUAUCACCGAUGAGGACCAGAUGUACAUGUUUGGGUCAGACUAUUACGGCUGCAUCGGAGUGGAGGGUGGGGUCGGCACGGAGACUUUGGAGCCAGUGCUUUUGGAGUUUUUUGAGGAGCGGCCUGUCCGUCAGGUUUCAUGUGGAGACAACCACGUGGUGGUGCUGACUCAGAGUGGGGACAUCUACUCCUGGGGAUGCGGAGAGUAUGGACGUCUCGGCCUGGAAUGUGAGGAUGACUUCUCGUCUCCUAUGCAAGUGGAGAUCCCUAAAGGCGCCACCAUCUCCUCAGUGUCAUGUGCCACCGAUGGAACCUUCUUUUUAACAGAAACUGGAAAGGUCCUAGCAUGUGGAAACAAUGAGUUCAACAAGCUUGGUCUGAACCAGGGAAUCUCUGGUCUCAAAAACCACCCUGGAGAGGGUUACCAGGGGAUCCCGUACAUCACCACACUGACCUUGGUAAAGCAGCUGGCAUGGUUCAAGAUUCAGGCCAUAGCUCCAGGGAAGACCCACACAGCUGCCAUUGAUGUACGUGGUCGUUUGAUCACCUUUGGUUGCAACAAAUACGGACAGCUGGGAGUGAAAGACUUUAAGAAACAUCAGGGAGUCCAAGUCCUUGUCGGACCCUUUGGAGGGAAGACGGUGACCAAAGUGUCUUGUGGAGACGGCUUCACCAUCACAGCCACUGAGGACAAUCAUAUCUUUGCAUGGGGAAACGCAGGAAACGGGCGACUUGGGAUGCCGGCUGAUAAAGGAUUUGGUUCCGAGGUCUGUCCUGCCAUGCCGAGGCCUAUCUUUGGUUCCCUCCAUCAUGUACCGGACCUCUCUUGCCGGGCCUGGAACACCAUUAUCAUAAUGGAGAAAGUGCUCAACUCCAAGACUAUUCGCUCUAACAGCAGCGGACUAUCAGUUGGUAGUGGACUAUGCCAGGAGGGGUCUACAGCCACAGUGGAUCUGGACAUAGAACCUGGUUUAGAGACGGAGGGUCGGGACAGGGGUCUUGGGGGUACACGGGAGGAUAACACGGAGGAGUGCUUCAUGGAGACCCCAAUGAUGUCGAUGACAAGUCAGGCUGGGGACAGCUCCUGCCCUCUCUGGCUCAGAAAUGAGCUUGAGAACGCAGAGUUCAUCCCGAUGCCAUUAGACUCUGAGGUGUCCACUCCUAACCAGCUCACUUCUGUCUCUGAGAGCGUAACUCUACCUUACGAGGAGCUGAAGGAGCUAAAGGCUGCUGCAGCAGCAGUCAGCACAAAGAAAGACCUAUCGACUAAACGAAUGAGCUGUGAUAAAGUCAAUGGACUGGAAGGGGCUGAUGUCUGCAAAAAAGGAGAAUCGGGCGCUUGCUGCGAAGCAAGUAGCAAUGUUGCACAGCUGCGGGAGACGGUCGCUCGUCAAGAUUUGAGGAUCCAAAUGCUCGAGAAGCAGGUCAAUGAGCAGCAGAAAGACAAUGAAAGGCUCUGGGCAGCAAUCAAUCGUUCGACGCUACGGGAAGCAGGAUGUGACAAUAACGGAAACCAUCCCUCUGAUGCCCGCAUGCCCGGGGAUGGAGGAGAAAGAGGAGGCGGAUUCACAAACCAUGGGGGCCAAACUGCAGGGGCCAGUGUGUGAGACUUAAACCUGCAGAUGUCCUGAUUUUGGGUGGAAGUGUCAAAGCUCUUAGCACUUAUUGAAUUGAGCAAGCUGGUUAGACGUGCAGUAGAAAGCUGCAGCCUCGUGCCCAUUCACAGUGGUUACAUACAGUAUACAUAUAUGACAUAGCGCUGAGUUGCAUGAUUACAUUCUGUUACGUAUUACUGUAUAAUGCCUUGCACACUGUCAUAUGCACACCUGUUCACCUGGGUGCAGUGAUCUAGACAGUUUCUCGACAGACUGAAAUGUUGGCUGGAUUCAACAUGAAGCACCUGACACCUGUGAGAGACAAUCCUCAUAGUGAUCAUAGUGUCACUCUGCAAUGUGAAUGUUUAGUCUGUGUUUUGGUGGUGUUGUAGACUUUUAAGUGACGUCGGCACUGAUGCUUCAGUCCUCACUGCCUCACAUUAUAGUAUUUAUCAAAUAACCGGUAAGACCAUCUUAUGCUAAAAGGAAACCGUUUGCUGAUGCAUCCAAAGAUUUGAGUUUCCUCUUGUCAACUGUUGACAGAUGGGCUGCUUGAUCAUGACUCGUGUCGGUGCCAUCUUCCAAUGUGAAAACAUACUUAUGUAUCACUUUUUAUUAUUUUAAUUUCAUUUGAUAUUCUUAAAAAGUUAAGUGCCGAAUACAAAAUAGCCUCUAAAACUAUUUUUCCAUCUUUAUCGGACAUGUAAGCUAUCACAAUCAUAUUCUUAUUAUCUCAUGCAAAUAUAUACUCUUUUAAAUUUGCAUGUUUUAUUGUCAUGUGAAAGUAUUUGUGUGAAACACGAAACUACUGAUUCAUUCUUGUUGCCUUGGAUUGAAUUCUUGUUGGGGCAGCACGUGUAGGUCUGUCUCUUGUAUGUAUGAACACUUGAACAGUUUUCUUUGAAUGUUGAAGCAUUUACGAUAUAACUUGCAGCUAUAAUGUUAUUGUUUUUCUUGUGUAUUUUUUUAACCAUUUUAUGGUAUGUUUUUCGUUCCUUCUGAAAUGUUGUUUCACCGUAUUUUGCAUAAUUUGUGAAAGCAAAUAUGUAAUUGCAUUUAGUUUUUCUGUGUGAUGUCCAUUAAUUGUGUUUAUUGUGCGUGUUAUGUUUAUUGUGGGUGUUAUAACAAAUAUAACACUGGCAGUAUUUUCCUGCAGUAAAAUGCAACAUUUAAUACAGCCAGAGUGCCUUAGCAAGCUAUUGAAACCAAAACUAGUGCAAGUAUGACAAUGCUGUGCCUUAGGGGAUCUUUUUUAUACAGUGUGUUGACAGCAUUUAAAAAUAUGGUUUAUUUUGUUCAACAGUUGAUGUAACAGUUGUAUAAACUCUUUUCUUACAGUCGCACUGUUGCUUCAUUCUUUGUUUAAACGCCAUAAAUAAAACUAACAGCUGUCUUUUG